UAAAAACCUACAUUUAAUGCUAGAUAAUGGUUUAGGAAAAUGAAAGAAACAACUCAUUGAGUAUUUUAGUUUGAUAGUUUGCUUUAGCUAGAUUUGUAUAACUAACAAGUAAAAUGUAUGUACUAUUGUAAAAUAUUUGCUAUAUAUGGUGUAAUAUAGAACAUGGUAAUGUUCAUUAUUGGUCAUGGUGGAUGUUUCUGCAAGAGGUAGUGUGCGACCCAUUGUCAUUUAAUAUGCGCUUAGGGAUUAAUCGAGAGAGGAGCUUAUGACCAAUAUCAUGAAGAGAACUAGUGAUUGGAGCUUCUCCCAGGAUGACCCAAGUGAUGUUACGGUUCUUGCAGGAGGUGUAUCUUUUUCAUUACAUAAGUUUCCAUUGGUUUCAAAGUGUGGUUAUAUGCAAAAAAUAGUGUCUGACCCUAGAGACAUUGAUCAUUUAGUAGUAGAAAUUCCUGAUGUCCCAGGAGGGCCUGAAGGAUUUGAGCUUGCAGCAAAGUUCUGUUAUGGAAUAAAUUUUGAAUUAUCAACAGAAAAUAUCGCCAUGGUGAGAUGUGUGGGGGAAUAUCUUGAAAUGACAGAGGAUUAUGCAAUUGGAAAUCUUGUAUCAAGAUCUGAAUCCUAUCUAACUGAAGUGGGACUCAAGACCUUACCAAGUGCAGUUUCCAUUUUGCAAUCAGCAGCAACCCUUUUACCAAUGGCUGAAAAAGUAAAAUUGAUCAACCGAUGUAUAGACACCAUUGCAUUCAUUGUUACCAAAGAAAGCCAGUUUUUGUCGUCUGGUGGUUCAGAAGGUGCUUUAUAUUCUUCUUCUUCAUCAUCGCCGUUCCCAAAAGCUGUAGUUGAUUGGUGGGCUGAAGAUUUAAUUGUACUUAGAAUCGAUAUCUUUCAAAGGGUUCUUCUUGCAAUGAUUUCUAGAGGAUUUAAACAUUAUGCACUUGGUCCAAUUUUAAUGCUUUACGCCCAAAAAUGUCUCCGAGGCUUAGAGAUAUUCACAAAGAGCAAGAAACAAAUUGAGCCAAAAAAUGAACUCGAGAAGCGAAUAGUUUUAGAAACUAUAGUCAGCCUUCUACCAAGAGAAAGGAAUGCAAUGUCGGUUAGCUUUCUAUCAAUGUUGCUUAGAGCUGCCAUUUACCUUGAAACAACAAUGGCUUGUAGGCUAGAUUUGGAGAAACGAAUGGGAUUACAACUGGGGCAGGCAGUUUUGGAUGACAUAUUAAUUCCUUCUUUUCACUUUCAUGGCGAUACAUUGUUUGAUGUAGAUUCUGUAGAACGAGUGAUGAUGAAUUAUCUUGAAUACGAGUUAGAAGGGGCCCGUGAUGAAGAAUAUGUUUCUCCUCAUCAAAGCGACAUGGAGAAAGUUGGGAAGCUAAUGGAGAGCUAUCUUGCAGAAAUAGCUUCUGAUCGUAACUUGCCGGUGUCAAAAUUUAUAAAUCUUGCUGAACAUAUUCCAGAGCAAGCAAAGGUAUCAGAGGAUGGAAUGUAUAGAGCCAUUGAUAUUUUCUUGAAGGCCCAUCCUACAUUAAGCGAUAUAGAAAGAAAGAAAGUAUGCAGCUUGAUGGAUUGCCAAAAGCUGUCACGUGAAGCCUGCGCACACGCAGCCCAAAAUGACCGGCUUCCUGUGCAAACUGUAGUUCAAGUACUUUACCAUGAACAACAACGGUUAAGAGACACUAUGGAUGGUGGUUUAAUAGUAAUGGACCAAACGGCUCUACCUUCUAACAACAACCAACAGUCGACAGAUGAGCUCUCACGGUUGAAAAAAGAAAACCAGGACCUUAAAUUUGAGCUUCUGAAGUUGAAAAUGAGAUUAAAAGAAGCGGAAAAGUCAUCAUCUGUUUACAAAUCUCCACUAGGCAGCCCUGCAUCUUCCAUACGUUAUUCUGCUGAUAAGCCACCACUACCUCGGAAAUCUUUUAUCAAUUCUAUGUCAAAAAGGCUCAGUAAAUUUACACCGUUUCUACGUGCUGAUGGGAUUUUACCUUCUGGUACCAGAGGUAGAAAUAAGCCAAGUAAAGACAGAAGACAUUCCAUUUCUUGAUUUGCAUAUUUUGCAAGAAAACUUCUACCAUGAGUAAUUUUUAUUUUUUUAUGUCUAUUAUAUAUUUGUGUGUCAUAUAUAUGUAUGUAAAUUUAUUUGUAAUAUAUAUAUAUAAAAGUUUAAUAAACAUUGAACUCCUCAACCAUGGAUAUAUGCUACAUAGUACAUAUAGUAAGUAUAGAAUUUUCCCCUGUA